UUCUUUCCCUCCGCCUCCUCCUUACUCGGUUCUCCCCGCCUGCCCCCGCCCCCCCCUCCGCAUCUCCUCCUCCUCCUCCAUCAUCUCCGGGAGCUGGAGCCGCCGCCGCGGUCAGUGGCGUAGCCGGACUCGGUGUCUGGGCUAGACCGAGAGGGGCGGGCGGGCCCGGAUCACUGUCACGUCCCGGGCGGAGGCCAUGGGGGAAGCGGCCCUGGGUGUUCUCGACGCUGACUGAGAGCGGCUCCCGCUACCGUAGGAGGCGCCAUGGACCGAGCAGCCGCCGCCGGGGACCAGAAUGUAAAGCUGUCUGCUGAAGUAGAGCCAUUUGUUCCUCAGAAAAAGACUCCUGAUACACUUAUGAUCCCCAAUGGCACUCCAGGUGAUAGUGGAAGUGUGAGUGGAGUGGAACCAACUCCAAUUCCCAGCUACCUGAUAACCUGUUAUCCUUUUGUGCAGGAAAACCAGUCAAAUAGACAAUUUCCAUUAUAUAACAAUGACCUACGAUGGCAGCAACCAAAUCCAAAUCCUCCAGGGCCAUACCUUGCUUAUCCCAUUAUAUCUGCUCAGCCACCUGUUUCUACAGAAUAUACAUAUUACCAGUUGAUGCCAGCUCCAUGUGCACAAGUCAUGGGGUUUUAUCAUCCUUUUCCUACACCUUACUCCAGCACCUUUCCAGCAUCAAAUACUUUAAAUACUAUUCCCACAGAAUGCACUGACCGUCCAAAUCAGCUUGGACAAGUUUUUCCACUGCCCAGCCACAGAAGUAGAAGUAGUAACAGAGGUCCCACUGUGCAGAAACACCAGCAACUUUUACAGCAACAAGUAAAAAGUAAAAAGCCACCAGUAAAAAGUGUAGCUACUCAGAAAGAAACCAGUGCAGCAGGACCUGAUAAUCGGUCAAAAAUUGUGCUUCUGGUGGAUGCUUCCCAGCAAACAGAUUUUCCAUCAGAUAUAGCUAAUAAGUCUCUUUCAGAGAGUACCUCCACAAUGCUCUGGAAAUCAAAAGGAAGGAGGAGAAGAUCUUCCCACCCUACAGCAGAAUCCUCCAGUGAGCAAGGAGCUAGUGAAGCUGACAUUGACAGUGAUAGUGGUUACUGUAGUCCCAAACACAGCAACAAUCAGGCUACAGCAGUGACUUCCAGAAAUACUGAUUCUGGUACAAUUAAUCUUGUGGAACCAUCAAUAUGUUCAGGUGGGGCAAAUUGGUCCAAUGUAACUUCUCAGGCAACUCAGAAAAAACCAUGGAUGGAAAAAAGUCAAUUGUUUUCUAGAGGUGGAAGGCAAACUGAACAAAGAAAUAAUUCACAGGUUGGGUUCAGAUGCCGUGGACAUAGCACAUCCUCAGAAAGAAGACAAAGUUUGCAGAAGAGACAAGACAACAAACCAUUAAGCAGCCAAUCUCACAGAGCAGAACCAAGUCCUGACCCGUUAUAUUUUGAGGAUGAAGAUGAAUUUACAGAACUGAAUGAGACUGGAAGUGCUAAAGAAGAGAACAUUCAACAAAAAAUUUCUGCAAAAGUAUUGGAUGACUUACCUGAAAAUUCACCAAUUAACAUAGUUCAGACUCCAAUUCCUAUUACAACCUCUGUACCUAAACGUGCAAAAAGUCAAAAGAAGAAGGCUUUAGCAGCAGCACUUGCCACAGCUCAGGAAUAUUCAGAAAUCAGUAUGGAGCAAAAAAAAAUACAGGAAGCUUUAUCAAAGGCAGCUGGCAAAAAGAGUAAGACUCCAGUGCAGCUUGAUUUAGGGGAUAUGUUAGCAGCUCUGGAAAAGCAACAGCAAGCAAUGAAAGCUCGGCAGAUCACAAACACCAGACCAUUGUCAUAUACAGUGGUCAGUGCUGUUCCUUUACAGUCUAAAGAUUCUGCCAACAGAAAGUCUUUAACCAAAAGUCAACCCUGUUUGGUACCUCUUAACCCUUUGGACACUACUUCCCCCAAAAUAAAAAGAGGAAAAGAGAAAGAAAUUGCAAAACUUAAACGACCCACAGCACUUAAAAAGGUUAUUCUCAAAGAGAGAGAGGAAAAGAAAGGGCGUUUCACUGUAGACCAUAGUCUUCUGGGAUCUGAGGAGCCAAUAGAGGUGCCCUUAGAUUUUAUUGAUGAUUUGCCACAGGAGAUUGCCUCCCAGGAAGAUACUGGACUAAGUAUGCCUAGUGAUACUUCACUCUCUCCAGCAAGUCAGAAUUCUCCAUACUGCAUGACACCUGUGUCACAGGGCUCUCCUGCCAGCUCAGGGAUCGGCAGUCCAAUGGCAUCUUCGGCAAUUACCAAAAUCCACAGCAAAAGAUUUAGAGAGUACUGUAAUCAGGUUCUCUGUAAAGAAAUUGAUGAAUGUGUGACUCUGCUUCUUCAAGAGCUUGUUAGUUUUCAGGAGCGCAUUUACCAAAAGGAUCCUGUAAGAGCAAAAGCAAGAAGACGUCUAGUUAUGGGCCUUCGGGAAGUUACUAAGCAUAUGAAGUUAAACAAGAUCAAGUGUGUUAUUAUUUCUCCCAAUUGUGAAAAAAUACAGUCAAAAGGUGGCCUAGAUGAGGCACUUUAUAAUGUUAUAGCUAUGGCGCGGGAACAAGAAAUCCCUUUUGUCUUUGCACUUGGACGGAAAGCUCUAGGCCGCUGUGUAAACAAGCUGGUGCCUGUCAGUGUUGUGGGAAUAUUCAACUACUGUGGUGCUGAGAGCCUGUUUAAUAAGUUGGUAGAAUUGACUGAGGAAGCCAGGAAGGCUUAUAAAGACAUGGUAGCAGCAAUGGAACAAGAACAGGCUGAGGAAGCCUUGAAGAAUGUUAAGAAGGUACCCCAUCACAUGGGCCAUUCCCGGAAUCCUUCUGCAGCAAGUGCAAUUUCUUUUUGCAGUGUUAUUUCUGAACCCAUCUCUGAAGUAAAUGAAAAGGAAUAUGAAACAAAUUGGAGAAACAUGGUGGAAACCUCAGAUGGACUGGAAACAUCUGAAAAUGAGAGAGAUGCAUCAUAUAAGGCCAUUGUACCUGAAACAUCCAAUAAAGUUCCAAAUGACAAGGCUCCUAUUAAUAAGCAGCUCCCCUCAGUGACCACCGGCAGCAUUGCCUCAACUACAAACCCUGGGAAAUGUACAAUGAGUGACAAAGAGGAAGUGAAACCAGAUGACCUGGAAUGGGCAUCACAGCAGAGUACAGAGACGGGGUCUUUGGAUGGGAGCUGUCGAGAUAUUUUGAAUUCUUCUAUCACUAGUACCACAAGUACUCUUGUACCGGGGAUGCUCGAGGAAGAAGAGGAUGAAGAGGAGGAUGAUGAUGAAGAUUACCCCCAUGAACCCAUAUCUGUAGAAGUACAGCUCAACAGUAGAAUUGAAUCAUGGGUCUCAGAAACCCAGAGAACUAUGGAAACCCUUCAGCUUGGGAAAACUCUUAAUGGAACAGAGGAAGACAAUACGGAACAAAGUGGAGAAGAGGAAAUAGAGGUUCCAGAGCAGACAGAUCCAGUAACUGACAGUGAGGAAUGGACAGCUGAUAAACAAGCAAACAAUGUCCAAGAGAAACCCAACAGCUGCAGUUCUCUUAAUAAAGAGCGUUCUGAUUCUAUUACAACAUGAAAAUGUAUAACUCAGGAAAUUUCAAAAAAACAUAUAUGUGUGUAUAUAAUAUAUAAAUAUAAAAUUAACUGUAAGGGUUGCAGCCAUUACCUUUGAUGCUUCAUCUCAACAUUUUGCACUGUUAAAUGUUUAAUAAGUGUAUUUAAUUCCCAACAGAAAUAUUUUUGUAGUUGUCUUUGUUACUUGUUUCAUUAUGAUCUGUAGCUUAGCUUUUAAUUAACAUCAAAAUGUAUUUCUAAGAGCUAUAUGAAAAUUUUGGCAGAUAAGUUCUAGUUUUUUUUUUGUGACAGAAACUAAUGUUAAAAGACAAGUUUUAAGGGAAAUAAUUUUAAAAUGCCUACUUAGGCUCAUAUUUUGAAAGCAGAAGAUACAAGUUUUAAGAUCAACAACAGUUUGCCAGUGUUUUCAUCCAGAGUAUCCCACUGUAAUUUUAAUUUCUCUGCCCAUAUUGUUAUAAUGAAAGCAUUGUGGGGGGGCACUUUUCUGGCUGCUAUAAAAAAAGUGGGAAUAAGGCUUCAAAAACAGAUAGAAAGGAAGAGGAUGACUGACUGGUGUGGAAAGCGUUUCAUGCUAAGUUUGAUGAAGCUGUUAUUUGGCCUUUGGAAGCUUAUUUCAAAGGCCAUCCAUCCAUUGAGAAAGAUGCAGAUUGUAAUGAGAUAAAAUAAUACCUCUUUUACUUUUAUGAUAGAGGAGGAAACUUAAACCAUGGUGACCAAUGAUAGUCUGUGCUUGUCACAGCUAAUACUAAUUUUCUACAAUUAUGGAAAUGUAAACCAUGAUCACCCUCAUUCUGAUAUUUGUUUUUUACUCACUUACCUCAGGAAUGCUGUUGUACAUGAUCUAUAUUAUACAGAAUUUGGCAUGUUUUGACAGGUAAAUAUUUAAUAGUUAAGUGUAACUGUAUAACUGAAGCGCUUGAUGUAAGUAUUCAGAGGCAAGGCUUGGAUGUUGAUAGAUGCUGAUAUUAUCUUGCAUGCUUCUGGAUCUUGACCCUCUUGACUUGAGUUAAGGAUCUGGUUUGGCACAUAAGAUCUUGUGUAGAAUGAAAUCUUUGCAUGUGAGUUGCACUAGCCUAGUGAUAUAUCUCCUGCAUAAUAAAGAAGGAAGACGAUAGCUACUAAUGUAGAGGAGAGAUAAGGCAUUUACAGAACUGCAACAGGUAUCCUGGUGACUUAAAGCUCAGAAGAGCAAAUAUAAAAAGAAGAGAGGAAGCUGUCAUAGUUGUAGUGAAAUUUAGCAGGUGAUGAUUCAGAGUAAGCAGUUGUAUGUACUGUAUAUUUACUCCUUGAUCACUUAAAAAAGAAUUCAUGUCACUGCCCUUCUUUAGCAAUGUGUGCACAGAAACUACCUGCUUUGAGGAGUUCAACUUAAUGAGCUCAAUUCUCCACCUCCAGUCAGACACUUAACAGGCUCUUGUGAACCAUUUCAGGUUUGUGAUGGUUGGAGAAUCAGACCAUCCCGUCUCCACCUCUUACACAAAACCAAAUCAACUUCUCGCUCACCAGCUCUCACUUCCUAGGCAAUAAGACUGGUUCAAACAUGAAAUCUAGGGAUGGGAAGAAAUAGAGUUCUCUCCUUGCCACACUACUACCUGGCAGGUUGUGCCUCACAGAGCCAGAAGAGGAGAAUUGGGCAGAAUAUUUAUUUAACUCAUUGGAACUACUGUAUUAGUUUUGGUAUUUUACAGUGUUGACAUUUUAGUUCUUGGAACAUUCAAGGGUUAAUGAUUAAUGUUAGCCUUCUUUGAGAUGCUAAUGAGUGUUUGAGACCCACAGAAAAUUUGUGGAUUGUAUAAAAUACUCAUAAUUGAGAGACAUAGAUGUUUAGAAAAUACUGAUAAUCUUUUAACCUUGUUACUGUAUGAAGGGGGAACAGUAUUGUCUUUUUCUUUUGUUCCCCAAUAGAUUUCCUGGGCACCAAAUAAUGGGCAUUUAAAGAAUGCAGUAUGUAAGGAAUGAUGCCUCUUAAAUUGUAAUCAUGGACAGUUAUACGGCAGAUCUUACUGUCUCUACACAUAUAGAAAUGUUCGCCAAUAUAGGAAAUGAUAGAGGUUUUGAACUACUGACAAUCUUUCCUCCCCUCAAAAAGUGAAUUUAAAGAUUUCAGUACUUUCCAUGAUGUAUAUUUUCUUUGAUUAGUCAGUGUCAGUGAUUCAGAUAACUCUUGAUCUUGAAAUAAUGAUAUUCCAGUGGUUUCUUAUAUUUUAUAUAUCUUUUCUGAACUUGAAUUGUCAUUUUAAAGUUUUUUGACUUUGUAUACAGGAAAAGUUCGGGUAAUCCUCAGACCACCAAUUACUUGUAAUUUUGCUAUAGAUUUCUGAAGUGUUCUAUAAUGUGUGCAAUAGAUCCUCUCACAAUUGUGGUACCCAUUCUGCCAACACACCCCAAGGGACCAUGGCCUUUUUAUAAUAAGAGAUCACCUCUAGAGGCUAAACCAAAAUUUGGCAAAGGAUGUGCUACCAUGCUGAGAGAGUAUGCUUAAGUAUUAAUAAUGUGCUUAGGACUUGUUUCCUUUUGAUAAAUUAUAAUAAUGUUAUAAUUAUAAUAACUACAGUAUGCGGAGAAGGUCGUCUAGUAUCCAAAAAUUAGGAGUUUUUUGGGUGAAGUUUGGAGAACAAGGAAGAAAAUUCAUGAUAGUGGAAUUAUGAUUCUGUUAACACUCAAAGCAUAGCUUUUUUCUAAUUUUUGGAUAGGUUAUUUUAUUGGGAUUAUUUGAAAUGUUAUAUUUCUAUUUCAAUAUAUAGGUAUAUGAUUUACUAUGUGGGUUAUUACACUCCCCAAAACAGAUUUUCUUGACCAUAGCUUUGUUUGCUGUGAAGAUAACUACUCAUAAAAAUGUUCAUAUUAGUAUUAAUUUUUAGUUUAAACCAUUUGUAAAUCCUGUAAUAUAUUUCUUUUGGCUAAAUAUGGAGAAAAUAAUAUGAGGAUAUAGUUGGAAGGAUAGUUUUUAAAGGAGCUGACUGGAGGUCAUUUUUACAGAAAAAAAAUGGUAUUUUAUAUGCCUCCAAUACUUGGGAAAGAAAUUUAGUCAAAAGGUAAUUCAUGUAGUUUGUUAAUUAAAUAUUCAAAAAAAUGUUCAUGUCAGAAUAAUGCACUUGUCUGAUUUCUUAACAUAAGCUGGGGUGGGAUGGGGAGGAGUGGGAAAUGUUAUGUGCAAAUGGGUGAUGAGCUACACAUGAUCGAGUUAAUUUCUUUAACAUAAAAUUUAAAUUUAAUACAAUGUUACUUUAAAUAUAUGUAUACAGAGUAUUACUGUUUGAAAAGCUGCUGUUUGCUUUAAAAACUGUCAUUUUAAGUAUUUACUAUAAGUUGUGCCAACUCAUCAGAAUAUUAGCUUAAUCUAUUUAAAAUAUGGGUCAGGUUUUAAUGAUUUUUUUAAAAAAUUGCAAUGAAACAGAGAUUUAUUUACAAACCCUUCCCUCCCCUUUCUUUCCCUCAACAAGAAAAGUGAAGCCAUAAUGAAAAACUCUAGGGUUUUCAACCCAGCCACACACCACAGAAACUACCAAAAUGUCUGUUUAACUUGAAAUUUGAAUCCCCAAGUACUGAAAACUUGCUGUUGGCACAUCUCACCUUCAAAGUGUUCAUAUGUUGUGUGUAAUAGUGUGUUCCUUUAUUUUAAAUAGUUCCUAAUGAAAUGCCACAUUUAUCUAUAAUUUAAUGUCUUUAAACUUAUUAUACUCUGGUAUAAAGUUAGUAACUUUAGUGUGAAUUAGAACAUGAAGGUUUUUUAUUUUAUUUUAUUUUAUUUUUGGUUCUUUGCUAUAUGAAGGAUAACUGUUCUGUUAAUCAUUUUGGAGUAAUAACAGCUUUUUUGCACUAUGUAAAUAUUAGUGGGGACUCUUACAUAACCAAUAAAAUGAUUGUAGAAA